AUGAAUAGAACCUCAAAUACAUGCAUUCGACAACCAACUACGAAACCAAAGCUUGGCAUUUUUGUUUAUUUGCUAGCAUUUAUGGCAGUGAUUGGUGGUUUUCUGUUUGGUUAUGAUACGGGCAUUAUUUCAAGUACAAUGCUUUUUUUGGUUCAUAAUAAAGGAAUGAGGCCAAUGAGUACAUUAUGGAAAGAAAUGAUCGUUAGUAUAACACCAGGUAUGGCUGCAUUUGGUUCACUAUUUGCUGCUCCAGCAACAGAUUAUUUUGGGAGGAAAAAAGUUAUCUUAGCUUCCAGUAUUGUAUUUAUACUUGGUGCAAUUUCUUGUACAUUAGCACCUGAAAAAGUUACAUUAUUUAUUGGUAGACUUCUUCUCGGUUGUGCAAUCGGAUUUGCAUCAAUGACAGUGCCUAUUUAUGUUGGUGAAGCAUCUCCCGUUCACAUUCGAGGUAUUCUACUCACUGGUUUCCAGUUAAUGAUCACGUUUGGUCUAAUGGCUUCUAAUAUUAUUGCUGGUGGAUUCUCAUAUAUUGAUCCAGUGAACACUGGUUGGCGGCUAAUAUUCGCAUUUGCUGCUGUCCCAGCCAUUAUACAAUUUAUUGGAUUCCUCUUUCUUCCAGAAAGUCCUCGUUGGCUGUAUAAAAUGGAUAGGAAAGAAGAAGCCCAUAAAGUUUUAAGCAAAAUCUACAAUGGAGAGAAAAACUGGAUCACAUAUGAAAUUAAUGAAAACCAAGAAGCAUUAGAGAAUGAAAGAAAAGCCUUAGAGACUAUUGGUGAUUCCAUGGUGAUUGAGCGCAUUUUAAAGACAAGUCAUGUACGGAAAGCACUUUUUAUUGGGUGCUCCUUACAAGCAUUCCAACAAUUUUCUGGAAUAAACACUAUUAUGUAUUAUACUGGUACGAUAAUUCAAGCAUCUGGGAUUCAAAAUCCGCAUACCGCAAUUUGGAUUUCAGCUGCUAUUUCAAGUAUCAAUUUCUUUGCCACCUUUAUGCCUAUGUAUCUAAUAGAGCGUAUUGGACGUCGAUUACUACUUUUUAUAUCAAUGGCAGGCGUUAUUCUGGCAUUACUUGCUAUGGGAGCUGCCUUUGUGCUGAUCAAUCACGGUUCGGCUCCUUCACUUGAUCCAACAACUGCUACUGUCAAUUCUUCCGUUAUUCAUUACAAUUAUUGUCAAGCUUUGAGCAAUUGUGAUCACUGCGUUACCGAAGAAAAGUGUGGUUUUUGUCAGCCAGAUGCCAAUUCAACUGAAGGGUUAAAUUCUUGCUAUAUAGUUAUUUUAAUCAAACAUCUUAAGAGUUACUGUUUACCGUAUUCCCAUGAAUUUCCUGAUCAGUCACUUACUGGGCCAUGUGAAAAUAGAAAUUUAACAUCAGUGACCAAAUGGGAGCAUUCAUUCUGUCCAUCAGAGUACACAUUUUUGCCAAUUAUUGUAAUGGUUUUCUAUCUCGCAUUCUUUUCAAUCGGUUAUGCACCAAUGCCUUGGGUACUGAACGCAGAGUUUUAUCCAAUUUGGGCCCGAAGCACGUGCUGUGGCUUAUCAACCUCGAUAAACUGGACUUUUAAUUUGAUUAUUUCGUUAACAUUUUUAUCGCUUACACAAGCUGUAAAUAAAUAUGGUGCAUUCUUCAUUUAUGCAGGGAUAACGUGUUUCGCAUUUGUCUUCUUUUUCUUUGUCGUACCUGAAACAAAAGGUCACAAUAUUGAUGAGAUCGAACUACUGUUUAUGUCUCGAGACAAUCAAAGACAAGCCAAAAUGAGAUUAAAAGCAAGGAGUGACGCCAGCAAAAACCAUGGUACUGUCAACUUAGGUUGCAGUCAGUCGGAUUUACUCUAA